GCGCAUGCGCUAUCUUACUUUUUUGGUUUCGGGGGUGUCAUAUGACGGCGCGGUCGUUGCUGGGAAUUGAGACAAGAUGGCGGCUGUGGAAGGGCUAUUCAAAAGCACAUUCAAUGUGAAGAAAGACAGAUUCAGAAUAUUUGAGGAACAUUCUGGGGAUGUAUGGUACAAAGUGACACAAAUAUAACCUAGCUGCUGUUGACCACAUCCUAUUGGUUCUGUCUGGCAAAGGAGGAGUUGGGAAAAGUACCAUUACAACAGAGUUAGCACUUGCACUGAGAACUGCCGGGAAAAGGUGGUCCAUACUAUUGGAUUCCACACUGCCUCCUAAAAAAUUAUUUAUAACUUCUCCUGAAUCAAGGUUGGAAUUCUCGACAUUGAUCUGUGUGGUCCUAGCAUCCCUCGGAUGCUGAAUGUUCUGAAUAGUGCUGUGCAUCAAUGUGAUGCUGGUUGGGUACCAGUUUAUGUAGACAAAGAUAAAACAAUGUGCAUAAUGUCAAUAGGCUUUCUCUUGGAGACUCCAGAUGAUGCUGUGAUAUGGAGGGGGCCAAAAAAAACUGCUCUCAUCAAGCAAUUUAUUUCUGAUGUGGCCUGGGGAGAGCUUGACUAUCUCAUUGUUGACACUCCGCCUGGGACCUCUGAUGAACACAUCUCGGUGGUGGAAUGUCUUCGUCAGCAUAAACCUGAUGGAGCUCUGUUGGUUACAACCCCACAGGCAGUGUCUAUCGGAGAUGUAAGAAGAGAAUUGACAUUCUGCAAGAAAACUGGAUUGCCAGUGGUAGGAAUAAUUGAAAACAUGAGUGGCUUUGUUUGCCCUAACUGUUCAGAAUGCACCAAUGUAUUUUCCAAGGGAGGAGGUGAAGCACUUGCUGAGCAGUCUAGUGUUCCAUUCUUAGGGUGCGUUCCUCUAGAUCCUCAACUGUCACACAGUCUGGAGGAAGGUAGAAAUUUCAUCCAAGCCUUUCCAAAGAGUGCAACCUUUGAGGCUAUUAAUAACAUAGUGGAGAAAAUUUUAAGCAUCAACAAUCAAUCUUCUGCACUUCAUACAUGAGGUCAUUCUUGUGUAUUCAUAUCGAACUGCUGAGUUGGAGGACCACAGAACAGCAGCAUAAAGAACUCUUACUCUUGGAAUAUAAGAAUAAAAUAAUCAAUGUUUCUUCUGGAGAUGGAAACAAUUUUGAAUAUUGGACCAAUAAUGCCUUUUGUUGUAAUUAUAUUAAAUUGUUUGUACCCAGCUAUUUUUGUAAACAUGCUAGAACACUCUCCACAUGUUGUGCUUGAAAUUAAAAUAUAUUUCCGAUGCCAGACAUUCUAUUCUAGAUGUUAAUGUGAUGUUGUAUUGAGUGGCUGACUUAGGAGGUCAGUUGAUCUUACUAUUUACAACUCCUUGAGGUGGGGACACUUUGCAGAAAGUACUCCAUCCUCAAGGCUAACUGAAUUUGUGCAAUAUAGAGUUUUUAAAAAAAGAACUAAACUUUGGGAGUGGGGGGGUGAAAAGUUUGGAAUUGGUCAAAGAUACGAAUUAGUUUAGAACUGCAAUAAUUAAUUUCAUAAACUAAAACUAUGAUCUUACUACAAUUAAAAUUUGUUUGACUGCCCUAUGUAUCUGUUUAUUAAGGAUGCCAUCUGUAGCUAGGAUGUUCACUUUUGGUGAGCAUAAUGAUCUGUAAACUUAUUUUAAAACGUUUAUUGAAGAAACUCCUUACUAUCAUCAGAAACUCUGAAGUGUUUGCUUCUGAAAUUAGGAAUCUCAAAAAAAAUUAAUCACAAACAAAAAUCUGAGAAUUAUUAACAUGUGUACUGCCAUCAGUAGUGUACUGAAGCUAACUAUGUUAAUUUAGCUGUAUUACUUGCUGAUUUAGGGCUGUUUAAUAGCAUGAUCUCAGUCAGCCUCAUGGUAGGGUGUUGCAAAAGUAAUGUUAUUGGUUAGCCCUAGCAACACAGACGUUUGUGUUGAGUGACUUGUAUGAAGUUUGAGUUUGAAUAAUGCCACCAUUUUAUUUGGGAUUUCAUGGGGAAUUUAUUUUUAUUCUUACUGUCUCCUGUAAGGUUAGAAAAACAAGCACAAAGCGUAUGCUCUGGUGGCAUUGUGACGAGGGACCCAACUCAAGAUUUGGCUUUGUUCCAUCCUCGUGCCUGAGUAGAAGUCAAAAAAACAGGAAAUGAUGAAAAAUAAAGGAAUUGCUUGCCAUAUUCCAGAAUGACUGGAAUUGUAAUUAAAGAAUUAAAGGUUAACUGUUUUUAACUGCGGCCUGAUACUGUAAAUUUCCAUCUUUGAUUUCUGCUCUGCAAUCUGCAAGUUAACGCUGGGCUGCAGCUUAGCUGAAUGAUUGGUUUCUGUUGUUCUGAAGAGGAUCAGUUUUGAAUGGCUUGCAUUCCUGUGACCUUUCAUUUAGAGAGAUAGUAUUAAUGUUAGAAACCUGUUUAGUAUUUGCGUAAGUGCUACACUUAAUCAUACCUCCAUGUGACUAUUAAAAUUUGAAUUUAUGCUUCCACAAAAUAUUGACUCGAACAAUUAACUACACCCCAUCUCGUAGUAUGAUGGUGCAAGCAUCAGGCUACGCCCAAGCACUUAAAUAUUUGAGAUUGCCUGUGUUAUCCUGUUUCAUUUGUAGUAUGCCACAUUUGUGGUCAAAAUCACUGCUAUCUUGGCAUUGUGCUUGUGUGAAAAGAUUGGAGGAAAGCUUUUAAACUCUCGUUCAGCUUCAAACAAAUUGCUGCCUCCUUGAUUUGAUGCACACACAACUAUAUAACUUCCUGCUAUCCUAGGAGUCCAGUCAACAUGAAUAACUGUUCAUUGCUAAAAGGAAAGAGAAAAAAAAAUCCUUAUUUAGCUCAGAAGUGCUGUGAAAUCAGUCAUUCCUGAGCAGGCAGCACAAUGAGAAGCCUUAAUAUUUACAAAUCCGAAUGCUUUUAGUCCAGUGUGAAACUUCUCAUUCUCCAGCUUUCUGUUUCCCUUUGUAUCAGCUGCAGUGAAUAUUUGAGUACCAAGUAUUAAAAAUGUCUGGUGUAACAGCUCUUGCUGAUGAAUCACUGGAGUCAUUUGUUAACCGAGUAAUUGUUAAAUCAUCCGGGUGGCCAUUAUGCCAAGUCUGGAGGUUGUACAUUCGAGAUAUCGUGAUGUAAUUUGCCUAGGGAGGGAACACAAACUUGAGGAAAAGCUUUCUUAAGUACGACACUCAGGAUAGCCAAGUUCAAAACGUAACUGAGGCCAAGUUAGAUUACCUUGGUUCUGCCAGAAAACAUACUGUAAAAAUCUAUUGUGUAACCAUAAUAGUCAUACUGUUGGUGUCUUGAGUAAUAAAAUUACAUUUGGUCAAUGUACUGAAAGUCUCUACUGCAAAGAAUUAUUUAAUUGCAUGUAAAGGGUUCUGUAAAAGAACUACAAAAUGAGUCCCUUCCCUUAAGUCAUGCUAAAUUAUAUUUUGUAGGAAGCAUUAUCAAGUGAAGGAUCUGGGACCUGCUUAAGAAGUUGCUGAUUUAGGUAGAGCAGAUCCUGGCGAAAUUCCCACUUUUUCCACAGCAAUAUGUCUUCACCAUAUCCUCACCAUAUUAUUCUGUGAAUUUCUACUUUGUGUAAUUCUUAAGCAUAAAAGUAGAUGAGUGUCCACAGUAGUUUAAUAACAUGGUUGGGCACCUCAGCUCCACACGCCUGCCCUGUUACUCAUGUUACCUCUGCAGAAUGACCUUUUCUCAAAAUGACUUAAUUUUCAAGUAUGAGGCUUUUAAGAUUUGGUAAAAUUCUCUUUGAAAAGGAACUUUUCUGUUUACAAGGUUUACCUAAUUAGGCCAAAAUUAAGUAGAAAACAACAGGAUGCUAGUUGGUCCCGUAUUUCUAUCCUAUUUUGAGCUGCAACAUUUUGGGGAAAUCACAUAAUAAGCUAUUUCUCCAUCUGGAGUGGAAAGCAAGAGUUCAGAAUGGAAUUUGGGGAUGCUUAGGACUAGAGUGUUGAGGAGACAACAGGAAAAAGGAAUGGCAGAGGUAUUUGAAGUCUUGCAAGAAAACUUGUCAUUUUGGAGCAUGCAUUUGUUUUAGAUCAAAUGAUAAAGUUUAUUAAUUAAAAGGCUAACAGCAAAGUACUUGGCCGGUGGAUCUACCCCAAAGAAAUGGGUCUAAUAUCUCUGUAAUAUCCGUUGGCAACAUGCACUGCAUAAAUUAUAUUCAACAAACAAUUUGUCAUUUGGUAACAGAUUUCACUUCAGUUAACUGAAUUAGUAAAAUAAGGGGCAAAAUUUCUGUUCUUGUUAAUUUUCGUGCUGUGGUUCAAUAUUCUGAAUAAAAUUAAUCCAUAUUU